UUUAAUAAUUUUGUCCGAACUAAAAGAAAACGGUAGAGUGGGUCAUCCAGUGACUGAAGGUUAUUUGGUUGGAAUCCUGGGUCUUCCUGUCUGCAUGUUGACGUGUCCUUGGGCAGGAUAUCGAACCCUUAUUUCCUCGCAGUGGGUAUGCCAUCGAGUGCCCACUAAAAUGAAAGACCAGACUUUCCUCUCCCCAGUCACUUUAUCCCACUCUUCCAUGGGGAUCACAAGGCAUUCACCUGUGCCAGGCUAGCUAUAUCUCGCCAGCGUGUCCUGGGCCUCCUCCUGGUCCGAUGUGCCAGGAACACUUCACCAGGGAAGCCUCUAGUGGCAAUACUAAUCAGAUGUCCGAAUCACCUCAUGUGGCUCCUUUCGACGCCCCACAAAAAUAAUGAAAACAUCCGUUGUUUUGAAUUCCUGUGAAAAUGUGAACGAUAUAAUUGUUUAGUAAGGUGGAUGUACAUCAAAAUAUAUUAAUGCGUCCCAGAUCGGGAGCUUUAGGAAGCUUUCAAAGAGUGGGUUAGAAGCGUUGCGCCCCCUCAGUGGCUUCUUCGGAGGGGGAGGAGCUGGCUGGGAGGUUCCAGUCCACUCCUCUCCCAUGGUGAUGGUACUCGAGAGAGUGGCACUUCACAGCCAGCGUACCGGGACGCAAUGUGAGCGGAACGGUGGCUAGACCGGAUCGCUUGCACCCUCAUUUGGGGAACGCCAAACUUUGUUUUUUUAUUUUAUUUUUUCUUAACACGCCAUGUAAUGUUGAAGAUUCGUGGUGAAUUACCGAGCAAUGUUUUGGGGAAGCGCUGCCGCUUUGUGGUUCCGCCGGCAGCGGCUAGUCAGGAUGCUGGAGCUCGCGUGAGAGCACCCCGGCCAUGUAUUCCGUAUUUUUAUUUGGAUUUGCCUUCGAAGUUCUUCGACGACCAGCUCAACAUUCGACCACUGAAACUUCUUAAAUGGUGUGCUUCGUCUUGUCCUCUGCUCGUUUCAAACCUGGAUAGGAAAGGGAGGAGCAGCGACGUGACAACACCCCAACACGACGAGACUUUCCCUCGUGACACGUCUGGUUUGAGAUUCACUCGACAAAGGGCAUUUAAAAGAGCAAUUGAUGCAUCUUGGAGUGUCCGAGUCAAUGAGAGAGUGCGAGUACAGCCAAAUAAGCACUCGGAGUUCCACCCCAAUGGAGACCCCUUUCAAGAAAAAGACUCCAAAAAAGAGGAAGUGGGAAUCCUUCCCUGGUCGGAAUAAGUUUUACUGCGAUGGGAGGAUAAUGAUGGCCAAGCAGACGGGGGUUUUCUACCUCACCCUUGUCCUUAUUCUUGUGACCUGUGGACUUUUCUUCACCUUUGAUUGCCCGUGCCUGGCUCAGAAGUUAACACCUGUUAUCCCAGUGAUAGGAGGAGUGCUUUUUCUCUUUGUGCUGGGAACAUUGCUGAGAACCAGCUUCAGUGACCCAGGUGUACUGCCCAGGGCCACUCCUGACGAAGCAGCCGACCUGGAGAGGCAAAUAGAUGUGGCAAAUGGCAGUACAGGUUACAGACCACCACCCAGGACCAAGGAGGUAGUGAUCAAUGGCCAAACUGUCAAGCUGAAGUAUUGUUUCACUUGUAAAAUCUUCAGACCCCCACGUGCCUCUCACUGCAGCCUCUGUGAUAAUUGUGUAGAGCGUUUUGACCACCACUGUCCCUGGGUGGGGAACUGCGUGGGAAGGAGGAACUACCGCUUCUUCUACAUGUUCAUCCUUUCGCUGUCCUUCCUUACCAUAUUCAUCUUUGCCUUUGUCAUCACACACAUCAUUUUGAGCUCCCAUGAAACUGGAUUCCUCAGUGCUCUUAAACAUAGCCCGGCCAGCGUGUUGGAGGUGGUGGUGUGUUUCUUCUCCGUGUGGUCUAUCGUUGGCCUUUCAGGCUUCCAUACGUACCUUAUCAGCUCCAACCAGACCACCAACGAAGACAUAAAAGGUUCCUGGUCUUCUAAAAGAGGGAAGGACAACUAUAAUCCAUACAGUCAUGGCAAUAUAGUCACCAAUUGCUGUGCAGCACUGUGCGGACCUCUGCCACCAAGUCUCAUUGACAGACGUGGCUUCAUCCAGCUCGACAUGCCACAGCUGACACCGCCAACCAACAGCAUUACUGUGUAUGGUUCCACGCAGUCUCAACAGAGUCACAUGUGUGACCAAGACCAGUGCAUUCAGAGCACUAAAUUCGUUUUGCAGGCCGCUGCCACGCCUCUCCUCCAGCAGCAGAGCAGCGAGCCGGUCAUCGUGACGGCCUCGUCGGAAAACGGAGGAUCGCUCCCUGGCCGCGCCUCGCUAGGUCUGGGGGGUCCUUGCGCUUCACUCCCACUUGGGCAGCCCACGCCUCCGACCUCCACGCCCAGCCUUACCUGCCAGGAAUCCACCAACAUGCUGCCCAUUCACGCACACGGGCACUCGCACAACCACAGUCGCCCCCUCCAGGACCAGGUUGCACACCACCACUUUCUUACUCCAGAGGACCUGCCCUCACCCCCAGGUAUGCUUCCUUGCAACAGCCCCCUGGGUCACAGCCAUACAGUGCAGGCUGGCUUCUACAAUCCAGCCAGCCAGGACUCUCUGCACGAGGACUCUGUCAGAGGACUGGUCAAGCUUAGCUCUGUCUGAUACUAAGACACUCAAAUGGAACGCGCGCACCCAGCCCUGAAAACGUGCCGCUUUGUGAUAAGCGAGCAUUCACCUUGGGUUUUGGGUUCCUAUCUUUGCCGUGGUAGGAACUGGGCUCUCGAUAAGGAACCUGAACGCAACCCAACCAAGUGAGAGAAAGUGUCCUCAGCCAACAUCUUGCCAAACCUGUCUGCAGUGCUGAUACUCACUCCUCUCAGUCCUUUGGAACGAGAUGGGAAAUCUCUCCUCUAAAUGUGCACAAAGGUUUCUUUUCCAAAUUGGUGUGUCUGUUAGUCUCAGACAUUUCCAGCAAAGGGUGCAGUGCUGUGAAAUAGUAUUGGUGUCCUUUUCAAAUUCACAUAUUUUUCCAGUUUUCCCCAUUUUCAUGUUUAAGAUCAUCAAAAAAUUGUCUCAACAAAUAUAACCCAAGUGAGUUUAAAAUGUUAUUUUUAAACGGUGGUUUCAUUCUUUAAGGCAAAAAAAUACUAUUUAAAGUUACCUGGCCCUGUGUGAAACGGUAAUCAUAUAAAUCUAAUAACUGGUUGGGGCACCCUCAGCAGGAACAGCUGAAAGUGUUUUCUAGAAGUGCCAGUGAGUCACAAUUUGAAGUGAUAUCAGUUCUGUUGUCGGACUUGAUUUUGUCAGAACCGGUUUUGUUUGAAGUGAUCGAAACUGAACAGCUCCGGAGGUGAUCAGCCUUGGGCGUGAUCCGUGAAAAUUAACCAAAAACUGUGAUGAGCUACAAUUAUUGUGUGAUUUAACAUCUUAAACAAUAAUAACAAUAUCUUUGGUAACUGAUGGUCUAGUGACUUUGGUGCCGGCAGCGUGACUUCACUUCUCACACACCCCUUUCAACUCAACUGAUAUAAGCUCCGGCACCCCAAGACCCAGAACAGGAUAAGCAUAAACUUUUCAAAGUUUUUUUUUUUUUUUA